GCUUUUAUACAGAGGUCUUUUCUUUCUUUUCUUGGCGGCAAUCCAGGCGGCGGCUCUUGCGAUCCGAUCGAUCGCCAUUAGAUCGAUUCCAUCGAUCGAUCCAUGGCGGACGACGGCGACGCCAAGGGGUUUGAUCCAUCAGCGCCGCCGCCGUUCACCAUCGCCGAGGUCCGCUCCGCCAUCCCUAGCCACUGCUGGAACAAGAGCCUGGGCAGAUCUUUGAGCUUCCUGGCCAGGGAUCUGGCGGGCGUCGCGAUCUUGGCCUGCAUUGCCGGAUAUUUCGAUCACUGGCUCGUCUGGCCCGCGUAUUGGAUCGCGCAAGGCACGCUCUUCUGGGCGCUCUUCGUCAUCGGCCACGACUGUGGACACGGAAGCUUUUCUGACAACAAGGACGUGAACACAGUCGUAGGACAUUUUGUCCACUCGUUUAUUUUGGUCCCGUAUCAUGGGUGGAGAAUCAGCCACAGAACUCAUCAUCAAAAUCACGGUCACGCAGACAAUGACGAGUCCUGGUCACCUAUGACUGAGAGCAUGUAUAAGUCGUCUCCUCCACUGAAGCUUGUUGCACGGUUCCAAUUGCCGUGGCCAUUGUUGGUAUUCCCGUUCUAUCUCGUGAAAAGAACUCCUGGCAAGGAUGGUUCUCAUUUCCAUCCAGAGAGCCCCUUGUUCAAGCCCAGUGAGAGGGGUGAUGUUUUGACGUCAACCGCGUGUUGGACGGUCAUGUUGGCCAUCCUGAUCGCCUUGACGAUAAGAAUCGGGCCACUCUGGAUGUUGAAACUCUACUUUGUUCCUUACGUGAUCCAGAUAAUGUGGAUUGCUGGCGUUACUUACAUGCACCACCAUGGCCACUACCAGAAAGUACCAUGGUAUCGUGGGAAGGAAUGGAAUUACAUCCGAGGCGGCCUAUCAACUAUAGACCGAGACUAUGGAUUGUUCAAUAACAUUCACCACGACAUUGGAACGCAUGUCGUGCAUCAUUUGUUCCCGCAAAUUCCACACUACCAUUUGAUCGAAGCCACUAAAGCCAUAAAGCCGAUUCUCGGGAAAUACUACAGGGAGCCUGAGACGUCCGGGCCAGUGCCGAUCCAUUUGUUCAAGGUUCUAAGCAAGAGCCUCAAGGAAGACCAGUUCGUCGCCGACGACGGCGAUGUUGUCUUCUACCAGAGCGAUCCAGGCUUGAAGUAAGUCUGUUUUUUUGUCUCUGGAAGACCAAAUUUUUGGAGAGUUUUAAUAAUCCAGCCGGCGAUGCUAAGGUAAAGAUAAAAGCACCUCUUUUACUGA